GUCUAAAAUUUGAAAUAUUUACUAUUGAAGAGGUAGUGUCUGUGACGCUGUUUAGGAAAUCAGGCAGGGGAAACGUCUCGGAUUCGCACCCAGCGAGAAAACAGCGCAUGCGCACUGGGACUUCCUUCCAUGACUCGUGAUAUGGUCACGUGACGGACUACCUCGUCUGAAGUUGUUCGAAGUUUUGAGCGUGUGAUAAUUACCACUUUUUGGCACUUUGCGACCAUGGCUGAAUUAAGUUUCGUCAUCACCAUGUCCGUCAUGACAUUAUUUUGGGGUAUAAUUGGAGGAGUUGUUCCGUGGUUUAUCCCUAAAGGACCAAACAGAGGAGUGAUAAUCACAAUGCUGGUAUUAACUUCUGUGUGCUGCUACUUGUUCUGGUUGAUAGCCAUACUGGCCCAGUUGAACCCACUGUUCGGGCCUUCCCUUACCACGGAUACCAUCUGGUACCUUAACCUCCACUGGUCUUAAAAGCAAUGACAAUGCAGAUUGCUGAGGACUUUGUCGUCACCACAUUCUGCGGUCCACCGUUUUGAAAUGCCUUGAACUCAACAUCCCAGUGGCCUUCCAGAGUGACACCACAUCUGUGCCUUGUACAAAAUAGAAUCGCUAAAGAACUCUCCUUAAAAUAAAUCGCUCCUGUGUGUGCUUUAGUUAAAAAAAAAAAAUCCUUUUCAUGUUUGGUGUACGUGUACUGUUAGUUGUUGCUGAGUGUUGAAUAAACCUAAACUUGCCAUCA